AUGGCAAGAAUAUCCUCGCCAAGUGGAGAUUCGGAUGAAGAAGUACCUUUGAGGGCCAGGCUCCAGAGAUCUGGUGCUCGAAGGCCUUUUUCAUGGUUACGUGAAGAUUCAGAUGAACAAGUUAACAUGACGCCAAGGCAUAAGAGAACUCGUGUCAGACGUUUUUAUGAGGAAGAAACGGAAGAGGAAGAAGAGGAAAGUGAUGAAUAUGGAGGAGAAGAGGUUGGAGAGGGAAGUGUUGAAUAUGGAGGAGAAGAGGUUGGAGAAGAGGAAAGAGAUGAAUAUGGAGGAGAAGAGGUUGGAGAAGAGGAAAGAUAUGAAUAUGGAGGAGAAGAGGUUGGAGAAGAGGAAAGUAAUGACUAUGGAGAAGAGGUUGGCAGAGAAAGGGAAGAAGACAGAGAUUUCCUUAAUAAUAUCGAAGGGGCAUGGGAAGAGGAAGAGCCAAAUAAUGAAGCACAAGUACAUGAACAGCAGCAGGAUGGGUCUCAAUCUCAUGUUUCCAUAACCCUAACCGACCCAGAAUUGUUUGAUUGCCCUAUUUGCUGUGAGCCCUUGACCAUCCCUGUCUACCAAUGCGACCAAAACGGGCACAUAGCUUGCUCCUCCUGCCGUACAAAGAUUAACAACAAAUGUCCCUCUUGUUCCGGGUUCAUUGGAUUCAGUCGUUGCCGCGCAAUGGAGAAGGCUCUUGAAUCAAUCAAAACAUCAUGCCAAAAUAUCAAGUAUGGAUGCAAACAAUCUUUCCCUUUCCAUAAAAAAGGUGAACAUAUAAACGCAUGUGUUUAUUCACCUUGCUUUUGCCCCCAUUGCAACUUUGUCUCUCCAGAUAUUGAGUUAUACAACCACUUCAGAAGCAGCCAUGCGACUUUCGCAACGCAAUUCAAGUACAACUGUUUUUUUUCUGUUUCGUUAAAUGCCGAAGCAAGCUUUCUUGUUCUUCAAGAAAAGAAUGAUGAUACAUUAUUUAUCCUCAAGAAAAAUUAUGUUGAAGAUGUGGGAAAUUCAGUGAAAGUUACUUGUAUACAACCCGGCUUCAGGGAGGGCUUCUUAUAUCAGCUUCGUGCGAGAGCCAAGAAAAUGUCUCUCAAAUUGGAGGCCCUCACAGAGAGCACUCCAAGCCGGCAGGCAAUUGAUAAUCCUAAAACAGGGUUUCUUUUAAUUCCAUGUGAUUUUAUCAGUCCUGGUGGCCAGCUCAAGAUGGAAAUCCGCAUAGAGAGUUUUGAGAUGAUCCGGCCUGCAUUGUUAGGUGGAGAUUCAUAUGAACAAGUUAACACCAGGCCCAUGCAUAAGAGAGCUCGACUGAAUCCUCGACCUCAGGCAUCCAUCUUAAUGGAUGAGGAAGAGGUGGAACAAGAAGAGGAAAGUGGUCAAUCUGAAGAAGAAGAAGAAGAAGAUGGGUCUCACUCUCAUGUGGUCAUAACCCUAACCGACCCAGAAGUAUUUGAUUGCCCUAUUUGCUUUGAACCCUUGACAAUCCCUGUCUACCAAUGUGACCAAAAUGGGCACAUAGCUUGCUCCUCCUGCUGCACAAAAAUCAACAACAAAUGUCCCUCCUGUUCUGGGUCUGUUGGAUUCAAUCGUUGCCGUGCCAUCGAGAAAGCUCUUGAAUCUAUCACAAUAUCGUGCCAAAACAUUCAUUAUGGGUGCAAAGCAUCUGUGGCUUUCCAUAAAAAAGGUGAACAUCAAAAGGCAUGUGUGUAUUCACCUUGCUCUUGCCCCCAUUUAUCUUGCAACUUUGUCUCUUCAGCUGAGCAGCUAUACCAACACUUCAGCAGUAGCCAUGUGAAUUCUGCAACACAAUUCAGGUACUACGACAGUAUUGCUGUAUCAUUAAAUGCCAGUGACAAAUUUCUUGUUCUUCAAGAGAAAAAUAAUGGUACAUUAUUUAUCCUCAAGAACCAUCGUGUUGAAAAUCUAGGAAGUGCAAUGACAAUUACUUGUGUACAACCUGGCUUCAUGGAGGGCUUCUUCUUUGAGCUUUAUGCGAAAACUGAGAAAAAUUAUCUCAUAUUACAGAGUUUCACAAUGAACACUCCAAGCCUGCAUCUUAUUGAUGAUAGCCCUCCUAGAACCGGGUUUCUUUUAAUUCCUUGUGGGUUUAUCAGUCCUGGUGGCCACCUUAAGAUGGAACUUUGCAUAUGGCCGAAAGGUAUCCUUCCUAUGUAG